UUCGACUUUUUUUCUCGUCAUUUCAACUUUUUUCUCAACAUUUCAAAUUUUUUCUCAACAUAUCGACUUUUCCGUCCGCGGGUCGAGGUCGUCACGUGAUCCCGCUGCACCAACAGGAUGUUACUAGUCAACACAAUAUAUUAACAUUAAUAACCCAACAUCGCGCUACAGUUUGUCACGUCCACGACACGUAUCGUGACGUUUUUGUAUCGCAAAACUUCAUUGCACGAUAUAUUGUUACACCCCUAGUCCGGACUCUAAAGCGACACCGGCGUGACUGGACCGGUGCCGGGUCUGUGAGGAUGGAUCUCCUCGUCUCUCUCUGGUGAAGGAAGGAAGACGAUGACGACGUCCUCUCCGUCUGGACCGGAGGGUUUCCCUCUGGCCCCGCCCACAGCCGUGGCCUCGCCCAUCACUCUGACUCCGCCCACCACUCUGGCCCCGCCCACAUCCCUGGCCCCGCCCCCUCUGGCCCCGCCCACAGUCGUGGCCCCGCCCACCCCGACUCCGCCCAUCUCCGUGCCGACGCUGAGGGUCCUUCCUCCGUCCUCCGACACCGAGUCCUGGUCCCGCUCUCCGAGCCCGCGGCCGCCGCGGCUCCGGCGGUCGCACCGCAGCCGGUCCCGGACCCGGAGGUCCAGCGGGUCGGAACCUGGAACCGGGUCGGAGCCGGAGACCCGCUGGGGCGACGGCGCGUCCCGGAUCGUGGUGCAGGACUCUGGGGACGCCCUUCGGCGCCGGGUCAGCCCCGCCCACGACCUCCUGCUGCCGCCGCCGGCCCGGUCCGGGUCCCGCAGCCCGUCCCCCUGCCGGCGGUCCCGCUGGUCCUUCAAGAGCCUGCUGAGCCGGGACUCGGACUCGGACGUCAGCAGCACGGCCAGCAACUCCCCUCGCAGCACCCCCGGGUCGUCCCCGUCCCUGCGGCGCCGGGUCCUGGGGGGCAGCAAGGCCAGCGAGAGCGAGGGCGGGGGGGAGAAGAGCAGCGUGGGGGGCGGGGGGGCCGACAGCCCGCUGCCCUCCAUCCCCUCCGCGUCCUCCCUGUCGUCCGCCUACCCGCUGGCCUCGCGCCACUUCAGCCGCAACGCCAAGAAGAUGCAGAGCUGGUACAACGUCCUCAGUCCCACCUACAAGCAGAGGAACGAGGACUUCAGGAAAAUCUUCAAGAAGCUUCCGGACUCUGAGCGUCUCAUCGUGGACUACUCGUGUGCCCUGCAGAAGGACAUCCUGCUGCAGGGACGGUUGUAUCUGUCAGAAAACUGGAUCAGUUUCUACAGCAACAUCUUCAGAUGGGAGACCACUAUCUCCAUCCUGCUGAAAGACGUGACGACGAUGACGAAGGAGAAAACGGCCAAGCUGAUUCCCAACGCCAUCCAGAUCAGCACCGACAACGACAAGCAUUUCUUCACCUCCUUCGGAGCGAGGGAUCGCAGCUUCAUGAUGAUCUUCCGGCUCUGGCAGAACGCGCUGCUGGACAAGGCUCUGUCCCCCAAGGAGCUGUGGCACAUCGUGCACCAGUGCUACGGGACUGAGCUGGGCCUGACCAGCGAGGACGACGACUACGUCUCUCCCACCGCCGAGCACCUGAACGGCCUGCUGCCGGCGGACGAGUCUGUGUCGGUGACGGACCUGCUGGACCUCAGCGCUGCUAGCGCCGCGGCGGCGGCGGCGCCCUUCGGCCUGGUUAGCAGCCCCAGCUCCGCGUCGCUAACCUCCUCCACUUCCUGUCUGCCCAUCGAGGUGCCUUCGUCGUCGUCACGGAAACUCAGCUACGAGGGGGCGGAGCCGAGCCCGCCCAGCUCCCACGGCUCGCUGGCGUCCACCUCGCCCACCAGCGCCACCGCUACCGCUACCGCCGCCUCCUCGCUGGUCCAGGAUGAACCCGGGGACGCCCUCUCCGAGUCGACCAAUCACGUGCUGGCCCCGCCCUCCACCAGCCUGGGGAACCUCUCCUCAUUGGACGUCACCAACGACGAGGAGCUGCCCACCGACCCCAGCAACUCAUCCGACACGCAGGACGACGCGUCGGGGGAGGUGGAGUCGUUCUGCGCCGACCUCGGCGGCCGCCUCAACAUCAACGCCGUGGUGCGGAUGAGCGUGGAUAAGCUGCACGACCUGAUCUUCUCGGCCGACACCAACUUCAUCCAGCACCUGUUCUCCCAGCGGCACUUCACCGACCUCAGCGUGGGCGAGUGGCAGCAGGACGGCGGCGGCGCCGGCACCACCAGCCGAGUCCUGAGCUACACCAUCGCCCUCAACAACCCCCUCGGCCCCAAGACCGCCCCGGUGGUGGAGACGCAGACGAUGCACCGGAGCUGCUCCCGCGGCGAGUGCUACGUGGUGGACUCGGAGGUCAUCACCUCGGGGAUUCCCUACCAGGAUUACUUCUACACGCUGCACCGCUACUGCCUGACCUCCGUCAGCAAAAACAAGAGCCGGCUCAGAGUUUCCUCGGACAUCUGCUACAGGAAGCAGCCGUGGAGUCUGGUGAAGGCGCUGAUCGAGAAGAACACGUGGAGCGGCAUCGAGGAAUACUACCGGCACAUGGAGUCCGAGGUCUGCAAGCUGGAGACGCUGCUGCAGACGGACGUUACCGUGGUAACCACGGGCGACGCGGCGGGCGGCGACGACGCCAAGACCCCGCCCUCGCUGCGGCGCAGGAAGCGCGGCUGCUCCCGUCGCCAGGGCGACCGGGAGAGGGAGGGCGGGGGCGGGAGCCCCGGAGAGAGAGGAGACCGAGGACUCGGGGAGGACAAGGACCGCAGGGAGGCGGGUCCGUUCCUGAAGGGCGACCGAACGAGCGGCGGGGGACCCGGGAGCAUCUCCACCAUCCUGCUGAUCGUCAGCUUCAUCCUGGUGGUUCUGGUGGCCCUCAACAUGCUGCUGUUCUACAAGCUGUACGCCCUGGAGAGAGCGGCCCACACGCUGGAGAGGUGGCACUCGUACUCGCUAGCCGACAGCCCGCUGCCCCAGACGGCCGGAGAGUGGGCUCAGGUUCUGCAGCUGCAGCGUCAGUUCCACCAGGCCCAGCUCGGCAAGUGGCAGCAGAUCCUGCAGUCGUCCGUGUCGCUGCUGGACCAGAUGAAGCAGUCUCUGGAGAAGCUGCACCGGAACAUCGCGGUGCCGGAGGUUCAGCAGGACCCGGCGGACGACGACCCCCCGGAACCGCUGACCGAGGCCUGACCCGGGCCGUCCGGACCCUGGGGACCGUCUGGACCAGAACCUCAGGGCCUCAGGGCCCGGCAGGGCGCCGGGGCCGUGAAUCCUCCUCCUGACUGACUUGAAGCGGCGAGCGGACGCCGCCGGCUCCGACCCGUUGGACUCGCCGAGACCACGGAGCCGCCGGAACCGCAGCAAUAAACCUCCCGCGGCCGCUGGCGCGUGGACCGGGUCGUCCACGCCGCCCCGGAGCCGCCGGCUCUCACUGGGUCGGGACCAGCGGGAGCUCCGCCCCCUCGCCGCCAGGCUCCGCCCCCCCAGUAUUUAUUCCUGAGUCUCACUCCCAAGUCGCGUCCUGCUAACAGGAAGUAACAGGAAGUCAUGUGAUGCUGCUGUGACGCGGCCGCAGGGGCGUGGCCAUCGCCGUCGCCGCGGCGACAAAGAACAGUGACUUUUGUGCUUUCUGAAUGUUUCAAAGUAUAAAUAAUGACUAUUAUAAGUGUGUGUGUGUGUGAGUGUGUGAGAGAGAGAGAGAGAGAGAGAGAGUCCUGGCUGUUACAUUUUUUUGCUCGUUUAUGUUGCAUCGCCACAUUUCAGGUUCUCCCAUCGGCUGGCGAGCCGGGUCAGACCGGGUCGGACUAACCGGGUCAGACCGGACUAACCGGGUCAGACCGGACUAACCGGGUCAGACCGGACUAACCGGAUCAGACCGGACUAACCGGAUCAGACCGGACUAACCGGACUAACCGGGUCAGACCGGACCAGCCGGCUCCAAACAAAAGGACCAAGCAGAACUUUUCGGGCCCGGAGGAGAAAAAGGGAAACCGUCGCGCAGUAUUUAGUUCUGGAGCGCUGAAUCAGAACGUUCUUUUUAUUCUGUUCAUUUUCUAUCGUUACUUCAUCUUUUCUGGUUGGUGUAAAGACGUGUGUGUCGUCCCUCGCUCCUUCUCUCACCCGGUCCCUCCGGCCGUCGGGGUUUGACGUGAACGGGCCCUGCUGUGCACGGGCCGCCCUCUGGACCUGCAGGGGAUUCUGGGAGGAUGGAGGGAUGAGGGAUGAGGGAUGAGGGAUGGAGGGAUGAGGGAUGGAGGGAUGAGGGAUGGAGGGAUGAGGAGACGAGGUUCUGCCCGAGUCCGUCUUCCAGGUUCCGGUCCGACUCCGGCCGGACGUUAAAAUCCCAAACGUUAUUCAGAAACAGACGGAUCCCGCUGUGCUGAUCACGAUCAGAACUACGGCGACCCGGAAGGGACAAAAAUAUCUGUUUAAACGCAUCAAAAUGGAAAAAUAAAAUAAAAGGAAAUCAGAAAAAAAUGUUUUUUUGUACCGUGGAUGUUAACAGUAAUAUUUACUUUUACUAAAAAAAAAUGAUUUUUUUUUUAGUAAAGAAUUUUCAAAAUCAGAAAAUUGGAAAUGUAAGUUUUCUAUCAGAAAUAAUUUAUUUGUGAAAAUCCAGUUAGUGUUUCUACAGAAGAGUGUCAGGGCCAGGCAGGAGAAAAAUAAACAUAAUAUUUUAGAGGAGUCGAAAUGUCGAGAUUAAUGUUGAAGUACAAUUUAAAAAAAAAAGUCAAAAUUUCGUGAAUAAAGUUGAAAUGUUGAGAAAAAAGGCAAAAUUUCGACUUAUUUCAACGUUAAUCUCGACAUUUCGACUUUUUUCUCGAAAUUGUAUUUCAACAUUAUUCUCAACAUUUUAACUUUUUUCUCAAAGUGCACAAUAAAAAAAAUCUUCCCCCCUCAAAUAUUUUGGCCCUAACACUCUUCCGUAGUGUUUCAGCUUCAGUAGAAAUUAAAUAUUAGACAAGCAAACUUUAUUUAUUUAGCACCUUUCACAGAUAAAAAUUACUUCUCAAAGAGCAGCAACGCGGAUAAAAGCUAAAUUAAGAAACACGGUAAAAAUACAAGAAGAUAAGCGUCCAGUGGCGGGAACCGGUCUGGGGGCUACGCCCUGGAAAUUACGCCCCCCGGGUUUAAAAACGCCUUUUAGGGACCACAAGGAGGAUUUACGGAAGAGGAUCAGGGCCAUGCAGGAGAAAAAAUAUUUGAGAGGAGGAAGAUUUUUUUUUAUUGUGCACUUUGAGAAAAAAGUCGAAAUGUCGAGAUUAAUGUUGACAUAUACCGUAUUUUCUGGACUAUAAGGCGCUACUUUUUUCAUAGGUUUUGAACCAUGCGGCUUAUACAAAGGUGCAGCUAUUCUGUGGAUUUUUCUUCCACCGCAGAUAAAUAGAUCAAUAAAUACUGGUUAUUUUUUCUUGGUUCUGUCCCGUUUUAGUCAGCUGUUAAAUCAGUUGCUGCCGUGUUAAAAGACACUGUUAGGAAAGGAUCUAUUUAGGUACAAACAUGUACAUCAUUUACAGUUCAAAAUCCUUCUGUACAUGUAGUAAAUGUCUAAUCUAACAACAUUAAUAUCUGCGGCUUUCAUAUCUUUUUUUUUUUUAAUAGAGCGGAUGCGGCUUAUAUACAGGUGCGGCUUAUAGUCCAGAAAAUACGGUAAUUUCGAGAAAAAAAGUCGAAAUGUUGCGAAUAAUGUUGAAAUACAAUUUCAAGAAUAAAGUUGAAAUUUCGUGAAUAAAGUCGAAAUUUCGCCUUUUUUUUCAAAAUUUUAACUUUAUUAACGAAAUUUUGCCUUUUUCUCAUUUCGAUUUUUUUUCUCGAAAUUGUACUAAUCUCGACUAUUUUACUUUUUUCUUGACAUUUCGACUUUUUUCUCAAAGUGCAUAAUGCUGCUCUAAAAUAUUAUUUUUAUGUUUCUCCUGCCUGGCCCUGAUACUAUUCCGUAAGGAUUUGACCGGAGGAACGGAGGCGGACCCUAGUGGUCUGUAGAGGACUGGAUUGGUCCGGAUAGUUGGGCAGAACGGGCAGUACAGGAGAACGGGGACGGCCCUGGCGGCCGUCGUGGCUACGGAUAUGAACUUUUCACCAGAGAUUUAGAUGGAAAUGUCUUUAAAACCCCCAACUCUUUCAAUUAUUUAUUUUUAUUUCGUCUCAUUGUUGUCGUUGUUAGCAACAACCUUGUCGAGAAAAUUAAGCGGAUCCGUGUUUUUGGGACAAAAAACAAAAAGUUUCUCAAAAAAAAAACCAAUAAUCUAGAGGAACGUAAAGGAAGCAUUUUAUGAAUGAUGUUUUUGGAUAUUAACCUUUUACCAGUAACUUCAGUACAUGAACAUGCAAUAAAAAAGUUCUGGGGAAAAACUCUCCAACAGUGAAAAUA